GGUAAUAUUUAAACCCUCGCUGAUAUUUUUCAUAAAUUCCGCUUAAAAUCAGCGCAAGCGAUAAGGUCAUGUGACCGUCGGAAGCUGACGUCAUUCGACGAGUCACCGGUCGGAAAACGACACUCGGCUCGUACGCGAUCCAAUCAAUUGAUGCAAUGAUUUCGUCCGCAACGUUAUCUCUAUCAAGCAUCCCGCCGGCGGGGACGCCGGCGGGCGCCACGCCUUCACCGCAGUCCAAUUCCUGCGCUCCGUCGCCUGCUAGCUCUGAACCGCUCUCUCCCGGCGAACCCCACGGUCGGAGGAUCAAAUCGAGCUCUCGGCUAAGCCGGUGGUCUCGGGCCCGGGCGGUUCGGUCCGGGAGGAAACUGAACCGGACGGUUCAGAGACCGGCGGAUCUGAGGACGGCGCCUAAUUCUCCGGCCGACGCCGCCGGCGACGGCGAGAGCGGUUACGAAAGCGAGUCGGCGUCUCCCGGCGGGAGCGACGGGGAGCAGGUGAAGGAGGCGGCGAAGUCGAUUUACAUGGUCUCCGAUGGGACGGGGUGGACGGUGGAGAACUCCGUCAACGCGGCGCUGGGGCAGUUCGAGCACUGCUUGGUCGACCGGGGAUGCGCCGUCAGCACGCAUCUGUUCUCAGGGAUCGACGACAUCGAGCGCUUGCUCGAAGUCGUAGCUCAGGCCGCAAAGGAAGGCGCGAUGCUCGUCUACACUCUAGCCGAUCCAUCGAUGGCUGAAUCCGCCCGGCAAGCCUGCGACCAUUGGGGGGUGACGUCGCUCGACGUUCUUGGCCCCAUAACGGAGUCCAUUGCCACCCAUUUAGGUGUCUCGCCAUCGGGCCUUUCCCGGUGGGCGCCGGGCCGGACAUCUUCGCUCGGGGAGGAGUACUUCAAUCGAAUUGAAGCAAUUGAGUUCACAAUCAAGCAAGAUGAUGGCGCCCUACCGGAAAAUCUUCGCAAUGCCGACAUUAUCCUCACCGGCGUGUCGCGAACGGGGAAGACGCCGUUGUCGAUCUACUUAGCGCAAAAAGGAUACAAAGUGGCAAAUGUACCGAUUGUAAUGAACGUCGACUUGCCGAGGAGUCUUUUCGAGGUCGAUCCGGAGAAGGUGUUUGCGUUGACUAUAAACCCGGUCGUGUUGCACACGAUCAGACGGGCUCGUGCUAAGACAAUGGGGUUCGGCGAAGACACAUGGAAUGGGUACUCGGAUAUGGAUCAUGUUAGAAAAGAGCUCGACUAUGCGAGUCGAAUAUUCAGUCAGAAUCCGACCUGGCCUGUGAUAGAGGUUACAGGGAAGGCGAUUGAAGAGACGGCUGCGAUUCUGCUGAGGCUUUACCAUGACAGGAAGAGCAAGUGCACGAUGCCGAGGAUUUCGCGGCGCUACUAGGAAAAUGUUGCGAAAAUGUUUCGGGUUUUUCGAGCAUUUUCCUCGUCUCGACGAGUACUGUGGAUAAUGAGUUGUGUCGAAGAAAUAUAGGAUUGUGGUGUUGUAGGAAAUGGACAUGUUUAGUUACUUCGAAGAUGUUUGAGAUCUUGUUGUAUCUAUAGGGUUUGCUUGGGUUGCGACGACCGCCCUAAUAUUGUAUUUUUUUAAUAUUUAUAAAAAUUGUGUCAUCAAAAAAUAUGAUAGG